AUGCAUCCUGGCACCAUGCAUCCUGGCACCAUGCAUCCUGGGACCAUGCAUCCUGGCACCAUGCAUCCUGGCACCAUGCAUCCUGGCACCAUGCAUCCUGGCACCAUGCAUCCUGGCACCAUGCAUCCUGGCACCAUGCAUCCUGGCACCAUGCAUCCUGGCACCAUGCAUCCUGGCACCAUGCAUCCUGGCACCAUGCAUCCUGGCACCAUGCAUCCUGGCACCAUGCAUCCUGGCACCAUGCAUCCUGGCACCAUGCAUCCUGGCACCAUGCAUCCUGGCACCAUGCAUCCUGGCACCAUGCAUCCUGGCACCAUGCAUCCUGGCACCAUGCAUCCUGGCACCAUGCAUCCUGGCACCAUGCAGCCUGGCACCAUGCAUCCUGGCACCAUGCAGCCUGUCACUACGCUUCCCGUCCCUAGUAUCCCUGUCCCUACUCUCUCCGUGCCUACUCUCCCCGUCCCAAUUCUCCCUGUCCCUACUCCCCGUCCCCGUCCCUUCUAUCCCCGUGCCUACUCUCCCCGUCCCUUCUAUCCCCGUGCCUACUCUCCCCGUCCCUAUUCUCCCCGUGCCUACUCUCCCUGUCCCUAUUCUCCCCGUCCCUACUCCCCGUCCCCUCCCCCCAUCCCUAUUCUCCCCGUCCCUACUCUCCCUGUCCCUAUUCGCUUCUCCCCGUCCCUCCUCUCCCCGUCCCUAUUCUCCCUGUCCCUACUCUCCCCGUCCCUUCUCUCCCCGUCCUUUUCUCCCCGUGCCUACUCUCCCCGUCCCUACUCUCCCCGUCCCUACCAUCCCCGUCCCUACUCCCCCCGUCCCUACUCUUCCAGUCCUUACUCCCCCGUCCCUACUCUCCCCGUCCCCACUCUCCCCGUCCCUAUUCUCUUCUCUCCGUCCCUAUACUCCCCGUCCCUACUCUCCCCGUACCUACUCUCGUCGUGCAUACUUCCAUCGUCCUUAGGUGUGGGCGCAGCGGGGGAGGUGCAGCUGCGGGGAACGGGCGGAGGGGGAUUCGAGCAGGCGAGGCAAGGGCGCGAGGGCGAGGCGGUGAAGGUCACUCUGCACGACUGCCUCGCGUGCAGUGGAUGCGUGACGACGGCGGAGACGGUGAUGCUGGAGCAGCAGAGCGCGCACCACAUGCUGCAGCACCUGCCGCACCCACGCACCCACGCGGAUAGCGCAGGGCAGACGGGGCAUGGGGAGCAAGGGCGCAAGGUGGUGGUGGUGUCGCUAUCACCGCAGUCGCGGGCGGCGCUGGCGGCCCACUAUAAGAUCACUCCCCUGCAGGCCUUCCGCAAGCUGACAUCGUUCCUGCAUUCACUGGGCGUGGCAGCGGUGUUUGACACAAGUGCAUCGAGGGACGUGGCGCUCAUCGAGGCCUGCCACGAGUUCGUCUGCGCCUUCCGCCGCCGCUCUGCUGCCCAUGCCACCACCACCGAUACCUCUGCUUCUGCGGGCAGCAUGAACGGGUCUGUCAGUGGCCACGCUGCUAUGCCGCAUGCAUCCUUCGAUGACCAUGCAGCCGCAGGAGCAACACCAUCAGCACCAUCAGACAUGGUACCAGCUGCAGGUUCAGCAGCAGCAACAGAAGCAGCAGAAGCAGGAGGACGAGAAAGCAGUGCGGAGGCAGCACAAGAGUGUGGCCAGUCCGCCCCUCCCAAUGCCACACCGCCGCCCAUCCCCACUGACUCGCUGCCGCACCUGCCUGUGCUCGCCUCUGCUUGCCCCGGGUGGGUGUGCUACGCGGAGAAAGCCCAUGGGGACUACAUCCUGCCGCACAUGAGCCGAGUGAAGAGCGCCCAGCAGACCAUGGGCGCGCUGCUCAAACGCUUCUACGCCUCCCGGCUCAACACCACGCCGGAGCAGCUGUACCACGUGGCAGUGAUGCCGUGCUACGACAAGAAGCUUGAGGCCGCCAGGGACGACUUCCUGCUGCCUCAAGGGGCGCAGGGGGGCGCACAGGACGGGGGAGAGAAUUCUCGAGAUGCUGAGGGCGAUGGGGAGCGGUUGACAGAGGUGGACUGUGUGCUGACGUCAGGGGAGAUCUUCGCUCUGCUGCAGGAGCAAGGAGUGGACUUCAUGGCUCUCGAAGAGCAUCCUCUCGACUCCAUCACUCGAGCUGUUCGGCGUGCACGUGCCCCGGGCGCGCUGGAGUGGCAGGCGGUGCGCAACGCGGACAUGCGCGAGUGCAGCGUGGCGGUGGGCGGGCAGCCCGUGCUGCGCGUGGCGUGCGCCUACGGCUUCCGCAACAUCCAGAACGUGCUGCGCCGUGCCAAGCAGGGCCGCUGCCCCUACCACUACGUCGAGGUCAUGGCCUGCCCGGGAGGGUGUCUGAAUGGAGGGGGGCAGCGCCCACCAGAGCAGCGCAAGGCGCAGCCCACGAGGAGCUACCUGCAGGACCUGGAGGCGCACUACAUGGCGCAGGUGGAAACACGCAGCCCAUUUGCCAAUCCGCUAGCCCAGCAGAUCUACUCGCAGUUCCUGGGCUCCCCUCUCUCCCCCUCUGCACAAGCUGUGCUGCACACCUCCUUCCAUGCUCGCCCCAAGACGCUUGCUCUCUCUGCACCUACACUUGCUGCUAGCUGGUAG